AUGCUUGUCCGUAAUAUCAAUCUUGCAGAUUUUCCUUGUGAUGUUGGGCUUCUGGAAUCAGUAGAUGCCAUUCACGAGCCCAAGAAUUACAUUAACUACACCUGGUUUUCACUAGAAUAUAUUAGUCAAGAAGAUCAAGAGUCAGAAAAUAAUUUAUUUGAACCUCGCUUUGGAGGACAUCAGACUCUUGAGGAAAGAGAAAGAUCAUUUUAUGGGGUAAACCAGACCCUUCAUUGUGGUUUUAUCAAGGGAAAAGGAGGAUAUUCAAGCACUGGAUUUGAUUUAGAUGAAAGAGAUAAGGCUUAUAUGAACAACUGUAAGGUUGCUGUUUCUUCGUGCAUUUUUGGAAGCUCUGAUUUUCUCAGGAGGCCUACAAGUAGAUUGAUCAGUCAAUAUUCAAAGGACAAUGUUUGCUUUGUCAUGUUUUUGGAUGAUCAAACUCUGUCCAAAUUAUCAUCUGAAGGAAACAGUCCUGAUGAUAGAGGGUACAUUGGCCUCUGGAAAAUAGUUGUUGUAAAAAACUUGCCAUAUGAGGACAUGCGGAGAACUGGCAAGGUGCCAAAAUUUUUAUCACAUCGCCUGUUCCCAAAUUCUAGGUACUCAAUUUGGCUUGACAGCAAGAUGCGACUUAAUGCUGAUCCAUUGCUGAUUAUUGAAUACUUUUUGUGGCGGAGGAAGGCCGAAUACGCCAUCUCAAAUCAUUAUGAUCGCCACUGUGUGUGGGAGGAGGUACUCCAAAAUAAACGCUUGAAUAAGUAUGACCAUGCGGCAAUUGAUGAACAGUUUAACUUCUACCAAUCUGAUGGUCUCACAAAGUUUGAUCCUUUAGCUUCUAAUAAUCCUCUUCCAAGUUAUGUUCCUGAGGGUUCCUUGAUAGUCAGGGCGCAUACACCAAUGUCUAAUUUAUUUUCAUGCCUCUGGUUCAAUGAAGUGGAUCGAUUUACAUCCCGUGAUCAACUAAGCUUUGCAUAUACUUAUUUAAAACUCAGGCGAAUGAAUCCUGAUAGGCCAUUUCACUUGUACAUGUUCAAGGAUUGUGAACGCAGAGCAUUGGUGAAGCUAUUCCGGCACCGGCUUCUUCCAUCUUAACCAGACUGCUUGAUCAGUUUAACCUCUGCAAGGGAUUCACACUGAAGGCAGAAUGUAUUUUAUCAUAUUUGGCUUCGUUUCAGCUCUGAUUCGUCAAAAUUGACGUAUGAUUAAAGCUUGGACAAAACACUACAUUUCUUCUUCGGAAGUGGACUGUUUAUUCUCCUUGUAACCAAUGUUGAUGGUGGUUGCUGCUGCUGUAUGAUGAAGAGAAAGAUGAUGAAGGUUUUGAUUUCCCAGCUUCCUCACGUUCGCUAAGUAGGCGUGAAGUGGAGAUUUUUGCUAACUUUUUUUUAAUUGAUUUGUUUACAUUUUCAAAUUUGGGUAAGCACUGACAUGUCACUGGUCCUCUGUUCUGCCCCAGAAAAGUUUAGAGUGGUUAGCAGGACUAAAUAUCUGUAAAUUGUUCUUUUUCAGUGGAUGUACUGUUUUUUUAAUAGGUCUUUUUAA